AUGGCAACGAUAACGGAGCCGACCUGUACGGUUUGCUUCGUGUGUACUUUAAGGCCAGUAAUACUUCUUUUUUCACUAUAAUCCCGUGUGAACAAACGAUGCUGAGAGAGUGGUGUCCCUCUUGAUUUUACGUGGAAAUUAAAGGGAACAAAGGGGAACUACUACUACUCACUCAACCAGGGAUAGUGAAAGAGUAGCGCUAAGUGCUGGAAAUACAUGCAGAUCCUUCAUGGCGGAAACAGUGGGCCGCUGGGUCCUUGAUUCCCUGAAAAGUGAAUACCAUGGAGCAGCUGAUGUUAUGAACAACGAUCUUACCUGUUUUACUUCUUUUAUCACGACAAGGUUCUAGUACUCGUACACCCGAAAGAUCCACCUGCAACCCAAAAAGAAACUUCUGCAGUUAGUGGUACAACAUACCAUACUUACAAGUACAUACCGGUACAUCGGUUCUUUUGUUCUGUUUGAGUAUUAACUAUCACCACUAAAACUCUUCUAAUGCUGUGAAGUUAGUAUCACGAGGUACCUCUCUGCGGGAAAAUGUGCCACAUCCGACAGCGAUAGAAGCCCUUAAAAAGUCGGGAUGUCCGAUUCCCGAAGCAGAUAUGAGGAAACACGUGCCGACGGAUCUGAAAGGUUGUUUCAAUGUUACUUCUAAGUCUAGGGAACCAAUUUCUUCUAAUCUGCUGCGGAUAUUAUUUUAGUACUAAGUCUGGGGAACCAAUUCCUUCUAAUCCGCUGCGGAUAUUAUUUUAGUACUAAGUCUAGGGAACCAAUUUCUUCUAAUAUUUCUGGGAAAUAGGUACUUUAAUAGCUAGGUUUAACUAGAUAGUCUGAUUUGACUGAAAGGUAAGAAUUUUCGUGCCGACGGAUCUGAAAGGUUGUUUCAAUAGGGAACGGAUUAGAAGGAAUUGGUUCCCUAGAAACUUCUAAGUCUAGGGAACCAAUUUCUUCUAAUCCGCUGCGGAUAUUAUUUUAGUAUAGGUGACGACGCCUUGCCAAUGCACAGGACUAGAAGUACUCUUGAAUCCCAUUCACAGACACAGAAGAAACUCUUAAUCCUCACUGAUAUGUCAGCUACUAGUAACACCUAUUGAAAAAUUCCGUUCCCACUCACAGCCUCGCCGCCACAUGUGACUGACAAAGAAUCGCUCGUGUACUACUUCUGCAUGACAAGGCAGCACCGCGAAGCUCUCCUGUUAAGGCCGUGAUUUAAAGCGAUCUGAUUUAAGAUAAAUAAGUACUUCCAUGAGCUUCCUUCGCAGACGAUCCGAUGAUGACUCAUCUCCGCCUUCGCGUCAUCCAGAGUCAAAUAUGACUUGCUUCCUCAAUACAUGAUCGAGCUCUUUCGCGGAACUUUGAGUAGGAUCGUGCGAGAAACAAGAUUCUCCGCAUAACAAGUGAGUGAAAGUGAAUUUUUAGAGUGUGCUCUAAUAUCAGGCGUGCUUGGGCCGCUAGCGUUCACUUCUGACCGCGUAAAAGUUAUGGUCCCUCUAUAGAUGUAGACGAGCGAAAGAAUAAGAACGAGUUAUUCGAAAACUCAAAAUAGACGAGUUACUGACUGAAAUAAGGGAGGUAGCUUAGAAUAAAGGCUACUCUUCCUUCUCAUCAGUAUCUCGCUUAUUCUGAUCAGUUACUUGCUUAUUUCAGUAGUUUUUCGAAUAGUAGGAGAAGUGGAACCAUCAAGAAAUGCAAAUGUUAGACUUGGACUUUUUUCUUUUUGCUCUAAGCAUAUUUUCCUCCUGAACGACAAUUCGGACGAUAUCCCGGAUCCCUACAACGGGCCACUGGAGGACUACACGGGAUGCCUGGACACUCUACAAAAAUGGUGCAAGGUGGUUCUUGUCAACCUACUCAAAGGACGCGAACCUUUUGACUAAGUAGACGAGACUAAGACUUUACAGUUGCGACUGUUGAGAGACACAUUUUUCUUUCGACUUUUUUUUUCGAGACCAACUUUUCCUCUUCGUUCCGUGGAUAAUUUAGUGAAGAAAAAACAUUGAGGAUGAGGCUUCAACUUCUUCUAAAAGUAGCUCCUCCUCCUGUUGUACAUCAUAAUUGAUGUUGUUGUAUAUAUUUAAGUAAUACUUUUCCGCCCUCGUUAUUCUUAUUUGUUCUCAGUAUUAUAUCGAGGAAGAGGACGAAGAGGAUAAGGUCACAACAACAUGGCACGGCACACAGAGGACUGCACUUGCAACCUCAACAGGCUAUUUAACCCUACCUCCUUUUGCUUUUGGACGUUACCCCAUGAUAGAUUGGGCUUACCACUACUACUGCUACGGCCACUUAGUCUUAGUUCUUAAUGUUGAAUAUAUGCAUAGUAUGACAAUAAGAAGUGCAUAGCAUUAUUUGUGAUAUACAGAAACUGCACCAUAAGCCAGGAGGCAUAACCUUUCAAUGUUUAUGAUUCAUUUUUAGCUGCUCUUACAACUGUGAAACUAGUAUAUCAGCCAUCCGCUUCAAGAAGACUAUUUGAGUGGUGGAACAGGUGGCUGCAGGAGAUGAGACCACUCACUUUUAGAUUUGAUAAUAUUAUUUUUCACGCUACUUUCGGUUAAGUUGCAAUCCUCCCACAAGGAAACUGGCGCCGUACUAGACGACCUACCUCCACCAGUACUAUCGAUUGCAUGUAGUUGCCCAUGCUCUCCACGCAACGGGCCGCGGGCAUUAAAAACAGCAGCGAUCCUGUAUCGCGUCUUCU